UGUUUGGAAAAUUCUAACCUCUUGGUAACGUGGAUCUCCGCGCGAUGGAUCCCAGAUCGUCUAUUGCGCUGCUCCAAAUUAUCAGAGAGGUGACAGAAAGUUCAUCUGAAGAAGAAAACAUUGAAGAUCAUGACUCAUCGUCGAGCAGCGAGGAUGAUGCGAGCAUCCUCAAAGCUCUCGCAGGGGCAAUUUGUCUGACUAAAAAGAGAGGCCCACCUGUUAAAAGACCCCAAAUUGAGGGUUUUGUUGACAAUAUUGUACAAAAAUACACGGACGAGGAGUUUAAGUCACAUUUUAGCCCUGAUGUUUUUCUUUCAUUUUGUGUGUAGAUUGUUU